UUCUCUCUCCUCCCAACAUGGAGUGGAGGACAUCUGCAGUUUGCAUACUACUGUUGGCUCUUAUAUGUGACUUCCAGGUUAAUGCAAAGAGGGAUAGUAACCAUGUAAGCAACAUUUGCAGCAUGUGGGGUAACUUUCACUUCAUCACAUUCGAUGGGGACUCUUACCAGUUCCAAGGCAUGUGCGAGUAUAACCUGGUGUCUGACUGCCAAAGCCUCAGUCGCCAGUUCUCAGUUCACAUGAAGAGAAUGGAACACACCAGCGACCCAAAUAUCAGCAGAGUGGCGGUUACCAUCAAUGACGUUUCUGUCAAAAUGACUCCAAACCAGGUCAUGAUCAACGAACAUAUUGUAACAUUACCCAUCCAUGUAUCUGGCAUCCUUGUGGAAGAGAAUACAAUUUACACCAAACUCCAUUCCAAACUGGGGAUCAGUGUCAUUUGGAACAGAAAGGAUGCAAUCAUGGUGGAGCUAGAUGCCAAAUAUUCAAAUCGUACUUGUGGACUGUGUGGCGAUUUCAAUAGUAUUCCAGUUUAUAACGAGUUUAUUCAAUCAGAACAAAAGGUUGGUCAUAUUGAAUUUGGGAAUAUGCACAGAGUUCCCAAUCCAGAGCAUGUCUGUGAAAACCCUUUUGAAAACAAUGAUGAGCAAAAUGUGCUGGACCAAUGCGAAAAACAUCGGGAUUCUUGUGCAGAGCUUUUGGAGAAUGAAGACUGGUCUUCUUGUACAAUGGUUUUGAGUCCUGAGCCGUAUGUCACGGCCUGUAUGCAUGAUUUGUGCUUUCAUAAAAUUAGAGAUGUUAACACACUCUGUGCGACUUUUUCGGAAUACUCCCGCCAGUGCUCUCAUGCGGGAGGGACUCCGCCCACUUGGAGAACAGAGCGAUUCUGCGCUGUGAAAUGCCCUUUAAAUAUGGUACAUUCUGAAAGUGGCUCCCCCUGUAUGGCUACAUGCUCAAACAAAGGAACUAACAUAGUGUGUGAGGAACACAACAUUGACGGCUGCUUCUGCCCACAAGGAACUGUGUUCGAUGACAUCUCAAACAAGGGCUGCAUCCCAGUGGAACAGUGCCUGUGCAAACAUGACAAAAACUACAAAUCAGGAGAAGUCCUCCUUAAGGAUGACAUGGAAUGCAUAUGUGUGGAGGGGGACUGGAAUUGUACGAUUCUACCCAGCCCUGGCCUGUGCGCCGUAGAGGAAGGAUCUCACUUUACCACCUAUGAUGGGAAAGAAUACACUUUCCAUGGAGACUGCACCUAUGUUCUCUCCAAAGACUGUGAAGACUCAAAGUUUAUCAUAUUAGGUCAGAUUGCACCUUGUUUUACUCAGAAAACCGACACCUGCUUGAAAGCUAUAGUGGUGCUGCUUGACAACAAUAAGACAAAUCCUCUGCUCAUCAGACAUGAUGGCAUGGUACAACACAAUGCUGAAGUGCCACUUCCUUACAGCACAGCUGACUUCAAGGUGUUCAUGCCCUCAUCGUUUCACAUCAUACUCCAGACCACAUUGGGGCUGCAGGUGCAGGUACAGCUGGUACCCAUUAUGCAAGUGUACAUCACUAUGGAUCAAAGCUUCCAGGGCAAGACUUGUGGUCUUUGUGGAAAUUUUAACAAAGUGCUGUCUGAUGACCUGAAGACCCCUCAGGGUAUAGUGGAGGGUAUAGCGGUUUCCUUCGCAAAUACCUGGAAGACCCAAUCUAACUGCCACGACCAUACUGAGAGAAUGGACGAUCCCUGUUCCAACAGCAUUGACAGCGGGCACUUUGCUGAGCAUUGGUGUUCCAAGAUGAAGGACAAGAAGAGCCCCUUUGCCAGAUGUCAUGCUAGUGUCAAUCCAGAAAGCUACUACAAAAGAUGCAAAUACUCUAGCUGUACCUGUGAGAAGAGUGAAGACUGUAUGUGUGCGGUAUUUUCCUCAUACGCCCGGGACUGUGCGGCUAAAGCAAUAUUUCUCAAAGGCUGGCGUCAAGCAGUGUGCGAGAAGUACUCCGAGAACUGCCCAGCAACACAAAACUACUACUAUCAGCUGCAGAGCUGCCAGCGUACCUGUCUUUCUCUCAGCUCUGAGCAUAAAGGCUGCAACAUUGACUUUGUACCUGUGGAUGGAUGUGCAUGUCCAGAUGGACUCUACCAGGAUGAGAAUGGACUGUGUGUACCUAUGAAACAAUGUCCUUGUUUUCACAAUGGGCAGAAAAUCCAUCCCGGCAGGUCUAUUAGCCUUAAGGAUGAACACUGUGUUUGCAUAAAUGGAAAGUUCCACUGUCGGUCAUCGAAAGCUCAUCAUCUGGAAUGUUCCCAUCCAAAGGUUUUCUUCAACUGCAGUACAGCAGGCCCAGAUGAACAUGGACUGGAGUGUGCAGGCACUUGUUUGCAACAGGAAGUUGAUUGUUUCUCGCUGGACUGUGAAUCUGGGUGCCAGUGUCCUGCUGGUCUACUGGAUGAUGGCAAAGGGCAUUGUGUUAAAUCGCAUGAAUGUCCAUGUCCACACAAUGGACAGAUUUAUGCAGCAGGGAGUGAAAUACCCAUGGACUGCAAUAAAUGCACUUGCAAAUGGGGAAAAUGGUCAUGUACAGACAAAAAGUGUCUAGGCAUCUGCAAUAUAUAUGGUAGUGGACAUUAUCAAACAUUUGAUCAACGAAGAUUCGGCUUCAGGGGAGACUGCAGUUAUAUAGCCAUUCAGGACAAGUGUGGAAAUAAAACUGGCAGUUUUCACGUGAUCACUGAGAAUAUCCCUUGUGGAACAACAGGAACCACGUGUUCAAAGGCUGUUGGGAUCCUUUUGGGGAGAACUAGGCUUGAGCUUUCUGAAGGCACUGUAAAAGCAUAUGAUAUUGGAAGUGGUCCACUGAUAAAGUACAAACAAAGAAAUGUUACUAUGAACCUUGUCAUUGAUGCUGACAUAGGACUGACAGUUGUGUGGGACUUCAAAACCACUGUCCGCAUCAUUCUGCAGCCUCAGCACAUGGGAGAGGUUUGUGGCCUUUGUGGAGAUUUCAAUAGAAAUGUAAAAGAUGACUUUACUACUCAAGGCAAGUUGCAAACCACAAAUAAAUUAGAGUUUGUGGACAGCUGGAAAGUGUUAAGCACUUGCCCUGAUGCAGAACAAGACUCUGAACCAUGCCUUGAGACUCCCAAUCGAGUUGCAUGGGCAAAAAGGGAGUGUAACACCAUAAAUGAAGAUACAUUCAAAGAUUGCCACAGCCUGGUGGAUCCGAACCCAUUCUACGAGAACUGUAAGAAGGACACAUGUGCAUGUGACACAGGUGGAGAUUGUGAGUGCUUAUGCACAGCUUUGGCAGCUUAUGCUCAAGCAUGCAUUGAGGCAGGGGUAUGUGUGCACUGGAGAACACCUAAGACCUGCCCUGUGUACUGUGACUACUACAAUGGUCCAGAUAACUGCACAUGGCAUUACAGUCCUUGUCAUACACUUUGCUACAAAACCUGUCUCAACCCGGAGGGUAUCUGCAAUAACACUGUACCUUACCUGGAGGGAUGCUAUCCAAAAUGCCCAGAGGACAAGCCUAUUUUUGAUGAGAGAAAUAAUAUCUGUGUGGAGGCAUGUAAUCUUACAUGCAAUGUUGGUGGAUUCCAGUACAAUCCUGGAGAGGAGAUCCCAUCUGACAAUCCCUGUCAGAAAUGUUCCACACCUUCAACUACAGCAACUAUAAUUACAACAACAACAGGAAAACCUCCUGUUACAUCUACAACAACUGGAAGAACUCCAACAAUUCCAACAACUAAAUUUACUGCAUCAACAACAGUGGUAGGAUCUACAAAAUCAGCACAAACACCAAAACCACCCACCAGUUCCACACCUUCAACUACAGCAACUAAAAUUACAACAACAACAACAGGAAAACCUCCUAUUUCAUCUACACCAAUAGGAAGUACUCCAACUAAAUUUACUGAAUCAACAACAGUGGUAGAAUCCACCACCUCAGCACAAACACCCAAACCACCCACCAGUUCCACACCUUCAACUACAGCAACUAUAAUUACAACAACAACAGGAAAACCUCCUGUUACAUCUACAACAACUGGAAGAACUCCAACAAUUCCAACAACUAAAUUUACUGAAUCAACAACAGUGGUAAGAUCUACAAUAUCAGCACAAACGCCAAAACCACCCACCAGUUCCACACCUUCACCUACAACAACUAAAAUGACUGCAACAACUGGAAAACCUCCUUUUACAUCUACACCAACUGGAAGUACUCCAACUAAAUUUACUGAAUCAACAACAGUGGUAAGAUCUACAAAAUCAGCACAAACGCCAAAACCACCCACCAGUUCCACACCUUCACCUACAACAACUAAAAUGACUGCAACAACUGGAAAACCUCCUAUUUCAUCUACACCAAUAGGAAGUACUCCAACUAAAUUUACUGAAUCAACAACAGUGGUAGGAUCUACAAAAUCAGCACAAACACCAAAACCACCCACCAGUUCCACACCUUCAACUACAGCAACUAAAAUUACAACAACAACAACAACAGGAAAACCUCCUAUUUCAUCUACACCAAUAGGAAGUACUCCAACAAUUCCAACAAUUCCAACAACUACAUUUACUGAAUCAACAACAGUGGUAGGAUCUACAAAAUCAGCACAAACACCAAAACCACCCACCAGUUCCACACCUUCACCUCCAACAACUAAAAUGACUGCAACAACUGGAAAACCUCCUUUUACAUCUACACCAACUGGAAGUACUCCAACUAAAUUUACUGAAUCAACAACAGUGGUAGGAUCUACAAAAUCAGCACAAACACCAAAACCACCCACCAGUUCCACACCUUCAACUACAGCAACUAAAAUUACAACAACAACAACAGGAAAACCUCCUAUUUCAUCUACACCAAUAGGAAGUACUCCAACUAAAUUUACUGAAUCAACAACAGUGAUAGGAUCUACAAAAUCAGCACAAACACCAAAACCACCCACCAGUUCCACACCUUCAACUACAGCAACUAAAAUUACAACAACAACAGGAAAACCUCCUAUUUCAUCUACACCAACAGGAAGUACUCCAACUAAAUUGACUGAAUCAACAACAGUGGUAGAAUCCACCAACUCAGCACAAACACCCAAACCACCCACCAGUUCCACACCUUCACCAACAAGAACUAAAAUGACUGCAACAACUGGACAACCUCCUUUUACAUCUACACCAAUAGGAAGUACUCUAACAAUUCCAACAACUAAAUUUACGGAAUCAACAACAGUGGUAGGAUCUACAAAAUCAACACAAACACCCAAACCACACACCAGUUCCGCAUCUUCACCUACACCAACUAAAAUUACAACAACAACAUUAACAACAGGAAAACCUCCUAUUUCAUCUACACCAAUAGGAAGUACUCCAACAAUUCCAACAACUACAUUUACUGAAUCAACAACAGUGGUAGGAUCUACAAAAUCAGCACAAACGCCAAAACCACCCACCAGUUCCACACCUUCACCUACAACAACUAAAAUGACUGCAACAACUGGAAAACCUCCUUUUACAUCUACACCAACUGGAAGCACUCCAACUAAAUUUACUGAAUCAACAACAGUGGUAGGAUCUACAAAAUCAGCACAAUCACCAAUACCACCCACCAGUUCCUCACCUUCAACUACAGCAACUAAAAUUACAACAACAACAACAGGAAAACCUCCUAUUUCAUCUACACCAAUAGGAAGUACUCCAACUAAAUUUACUGAAUCAACAACAGUGGUAGGAUCUACAAAAUCAGCACAAACACCCAAACCACCCACCAGUUCCACACCUUCAACUACAGCAACUAUAAUUACAACAACAACAGGAAAACCUCCUGUUACAUCUACACCAAUAGGAAGUACUCCAACUAAAUUUACUGAAUCAACAACAGUGGUAGGAUCUACAAAAUCAGCACAAACACCAAAACCACCCACCAGUUCCACACCUUCAACUACAGCAACUAUAAUUACAACAACAACAGGAAAACCUCCUUUUACAUCUACAACAACUGGAAGAACUCCAACAAUUCCAAUAAUUCCAACAACUAAAUUUACUGAAUCAACAACAGUGGUAGGAUCUACAAAAUCAGCACAAACACCAAAACCACCCACCAGUUCCACACCUUCAACUACAGCAACUAUAAUUACAACAACAACAACAACAGGAAAACCUUCUUUUACAUCUACACCAACUGGAAGCACUCCAACUAAAUUUACUGAAUCAACAACAGUGGUAGGAUCUACAAAAUCAGCACAAACACCAAUACCACCCACCAGUUCCACACCUUCAACUACAGCAACUAAAAUUACAACAACAACAACAGGAAAACCUCCUAUUUCAUCUACACCAAUAGGAAGUACUCCAACUAAAUUUACUGAAUCAACAACAGUGGUAGGAUCUACAAAAUCAGCACAAACGCCAAAACCACCCACCAGUUCCACACCUUCACCUACAACUAAAAUGACUGCAACAACUGGAAAACCUCCUUUUACAUCUACACCAACUGGAAGUACUCCAACAAUUCCAGUAGGAAAAAUAACUUUAUCAACAACAGUGGUAGGAUCUACAAAAUCAACACAAACACCCAAACCACACACCAGUUCCUCACCUUCACCUACACCAACUAAAAUUACAACAACAACAUUAACAACAGGAAAACCUCCUAUUUCAUCUACACCAAUAGGAAGUACUCCAACAAUUCCAACAAUUCCAACAACUAAAUUUACUGAAUCAACAACAGUGGUAGGAUCUACAAAAUCAGCACAAACGCCAAAACCACCCACCAGUUCCACACCUUCACCUACAACAACUAAAAUGACUGCAACAACUGGAAAACCUCCUUUUACAUCUACACCAACUGGAAGUACUCCAACUAAAAUUACUGAAUCAACAACAGUGGUAGGAUCUACAAAAUCAGCACAAACACCAAAACCACCCACCAGUUCCACACCUUCAACUACCGCAACUAUAAUUACAACAACAACAGGAAAACCUCCUGUUACAGCUACAACAACUGGAAGAACUCCAACAAUUCCAACAACUAAAUUUACUGAAUCAACAACAGUGGUAGGAUCUACAAAAUCAGCACAAACACCAAUACCACCCACCAGUUCCACACCUUCAACUACAGCAACUAAAAUUACAACAACAACAACAGGAAAACCUCCUAUUUCAUCUACACCAAUAGGAAGUACUCCAACUAAAUUUACUGAAUCAACAACAGUGGUAGGAUCUACAAAAUCAGCACAAACGCCAAAACCACCCACCAGUUCCACACCUUCACCUACAACUAAAAUGACUGCAACAACUGGAAAACCUCCUUUUACAUCUACACCAACUGGAAGUACUCCAACAAUUCCAGUAGGAAAAAUAACUUUAUCAACAACAGUGGUAGGAUCUACAAAAUCAACACAAACACCCAAACCACACACCAGUUCCUCACCUUCACCUACACCAACUAAAAUUACAACAACAACAUUAACAACAGGAAAACCUCCUAUUUCAUCUACACCAAUAGGAAGUACUCCAACAAUUCCAACAAUUCCAACAACUACAUUUACUGAAUCAACAACAGUGGUAGGAUCUACAAAAUCAGCACAAACGCCAAAACCACCCACCAGUUCCACACCUUCACCUACAACAACUAAAAUGACUGCAACAACUGGAAAACCUCCUUUUACAUCUACACCAACUGGAAGCACUCCAACUAAAUUUACUGAAUCAACAACAGUGGUAGGAUCUACAAAAUCAGCACAAACACCAAUACCACCCACCAGUUCCACACCUUCAACUACAGCAACUAAAAUUACAACAACAACAACAGGAAAACCUCCUAUUUCAUCUACACCAAUAGGAAGUACUCCAACUAAAUUUACUGAAUCAACAACAGUGGUAGGAUCUACAAAAUCAGCACAAACACCAAAACCACCCACCAGUUCCACACCUUCAACUACAGCAACUAUAAUUACAACAACAACAGGAAAACCUCCUGUUACAUCUACACCAAUAGGAAGUACUCCAACUAAAUUUACUGAAUCAACAACAGUGGUAGGAUCUACAAAAUCAGCACAAACACCAAAACCACCCACCAGUUCCACACCUUCAACUACAGCAACUAUAAUUACAACAACAACAGGAAAACCUCCUUUUACAUCUACAACAACUGGAAGAACUCCAACAAUUCCAAUAAUUCCAACAACUAAAUUUACUGAAUCAACAACAGUGGUAGGAUCUACAAAAUCAGCACAAACACCAAAACCACCCACCAGUUCCACACCUUCAACUACAGCAACUAUAAUUACAACAUCAACAGGAAAACCUCCUUUUACAUCUACAACAACUGGAAGAACUCCAACAAUUCCAAUAAUUCCAACAACUAAAUUUACUGAAUCAACAACAGUGGUAGGAUCUACAAAAUCAGCACAAACACCAAAACCACCCACCAGUUCCACACCUUCAACUACAGCAACUAAAAUUACAACAACAACAACAGGAAAACCUCCUGUUACAUCUACAACAACUGGAAGAACUCCAACAAUUCCAACAACUAAAUUUACUGAAUCAACAACAGUGGUAGGAUCUACAAAAUCAGCACAAACGCCAAAACCACCCACCAGUUCCACACCUUCACCUACAACAACUAAAAUGACUGCAACAACUGGAAAACCUCCUUUUACAUCUACACCAACUGGAAGUACUCCAACUAAAUUUACUGAAUCAACAACAGUGGUAGGAUCUACAAAAUCAGCACAAACACCAAAACCACCCACCAGUUCCACACCUUCAACUACAGCAACUAUAAUUACAACAACAACAGGAAAACCUCCUGUUACAGCUACAACAACUGGAAGAACUCCAACAAUUCCAACAACUAAAUUUACUGAAUCAACAACAGUGGUAGGAUCUACAAAAUCAGCACAAACGCCAAAACCACCCACCAGUUCCACACCUUCACCUACAACAACUAAAAUGACUGCAACAACUGGAAAACCUCCUUUUACAUCUACACCAACUGGAAGCACUCCAACUAAAUUUACUGAAUCAACAACAGUGGUAGGAUCUACAAAAUCAUUACAAACACCAAUACCACCCACCAGUUCCACACCUUCAACUACAGCAACUAAAAUUACAACAACAACAACAGGAAAACCUCCUAUUUCAUCUACACCAAUAGGAAGUACUCCAACUAAAUUUACUGAAUCAACAACAGUGGUAGGAUCUACAAAAUCAGCACAAACACCCAAACCACCCACCAGUUCCACACCUUCAACUACAGCAACUAUAAUUACAACAACAACAGGAAAACCUCCUGUUACAUCUACACCAAUAGGAAGUACUCCAACUAAAUUUACUGAAUCAACAACAGUGGUAGGAUCUACAAAAUCAGCACAAACACCAAAACCACCCACCAGUUCCACACCUUCAACUACAGCAACUAUAAUUACAACAACAACAGGAAAACCUCCUUUUACAUCUACAACAACUGGAAGAACUCCAACAAUUCCAAUAAUUCCAACAACUAAAUUUACUGAAUCAACAACAGUGGUAGGAUCUACAAAAUCAGCACAAACACCAAAACCACCCACCAGUUCCACACCUUCAACUACAGCAACUAUAAUUACAACAACAACAGGAAAACCUCCUUUUACAUCUACAACAACUGGAAGAACUCCAACAAUUCCAAUAAUUCCAACAACUAAAUUUACUGAAUCAACAACAGUUGUAGGAUCUACAAAAUCAGCACAAACACCAAAACCACCCACCAGUUCCACACCUUCAACUACAGCAACUAAAAUUACAACAACAACAACAGGAAAACCUCCUGUUACAUCUACAACAACUGGAAGAACUCCAACAAUUCCAACAACUAAAUUUACUGAAUCAACAACAGUGGUAGGAUCUACAAAAUCAGCACAAACGCCAAAACCACCCACCAGUUCCACACCUUCACCUACAACAACUAAAAUGACUGCAACAACUGGAAAACCUCCUUUUAUAUCUACACCAACUGGAAGUACUCCAACUAAAUUUACUGAAUCAACAACAGUGGUAGGAUCUACAAAAUCAGCACAAACACCAAAACCACCCACCAGUUCCACACCUUCAACUACAGCAACUAUAAUUACAACAACAACAGGAAAACCUCCUGUUACAGCUACAACAACUGGAAGAACUCCAACAAUUCCAACAACUAAAUUUACUGAAUCAACAACAGUGGUAGGAUCUACAAAAUCAGCACAAACGCCAAAACCACCCACCAGUUCCACACCUUCACCUACAACAACUAAAAUGACUGCAACAACUGGAAAACCUUCUUUUACAUCUACACCAACUGGAAGCACUCCAACUAAAUUUACUGAAUCAACAACAGUGGUAGGAUCUACAAAAUCAGCACAAACACCAAUACCACCCACCAGUUCCACACCUUCAACUACAGCAACUAAAAUUACAACAACAACAACAGGAAAACCUCCUAUUUCAUCUACACCAAUAGGAAGUACUCCAACUAAAUUUACUGAAUCAACAACAGUGGUAGGAUCUACAAAAUCAGCACAAACGCCAAAACCACCCACCAGUUCCACACCUUCACCUACAACUAAAAUGACUGCAACAACUGGAAAACCUCCUUUUACAUCUACACCAACUGGAAGUACUCCAACAAUUCCAGUAGGAAAAAUAACUUUAUCAACAACAGUGGUAGGAUCUACAAAAUCAACACAAACACCCAAACCACACACCAGUUCCUCACCUUCACCUACACCAACUAAAAUUACAACAACAACAUUAACAACAGGAAAACCUCCUAUUUCAUCUACACCAAUAGGAAGUACUCCAACAAUUCCAACAAUUCCAACAACUACAUUUACUGAAUCAACAACAGUGGUAGGAUCUACAAAAUCAGCACAAACGCCAAAACCACCCACCAGUUCCACACCUUCACCUACAACAACUAAAAUGACUGCAACAACUGGAAAACCUCCUUUUACAUCUACACCAACUGGAAGUACUCCAACUAAAUUUACUGAAUCAACAACAGUGGUAGGAUCUACAAAAUCAGCACAAACACCAAAACCACCCACCAGUUCCACACCUUCAACUACAGCAACUAUAAUUACAACAACAACAGGAAAACCUCCUGUUACAGCUACAACAACUGGAAGAACUCCAACAAUUCCAACAACUAAAUUUACUGAAUCAACAACAGUGGUAGGAUCUACAAAAUCAGCACAAACGCCAAAACCACCCACCAGUUCCACACCUUCACCUACAACAACUAAAAUGACUGCAACAACUGGAAAACCUCCUUUUACAUCUACACCAACUGGAAGCACUCCAACUAAAUUUACUGAAUCAACAACAGUGGUAGGAUCUACAAAAUCAUUACAAACACCAAUACCACCCACCAGUUCCACACCUUCAACUACAGCAACUAAAAUUACAACAACAACAACAGGAAAACCUCCUAUUUCAUCUACACCAAUAGGAAGUACUCCAACUAAAUUUACUGAAUCAACAACAGUGGUAGGAUCUACAAAAUCAGCACAAACACCAAAACCACCCACCAGUUCCACACCUUCAACUACAGCAACUAUAAUUACAACAACAACAGGAAAACCUCCUGUUACAUCUACACCAAUAGGAAGUACUCCAACUAAAUUUACUGAAUCAACAACAGUGGUAGGAUCUACAAAAUCAGCACAAACACCAAAACCACCCACCAGUUCCACACCUUCAACUACAGCAACUAUAAUUACAACAACAACAGGAAAACCUCCUUUUACAUCUACAACAACUGGAAGAACUCCAACAAUUCCAAUAAUUCCAACAACUAAAUUUACUGAAUCAACAACAGUGGUAGGAUCUACAAAAUCAGCACAAACACCAAAACCACCCACCAGUUCCACACCUUCAACUACAGCAACUAUAAUUACAACAACAACAGGAAAACCUCCUUUUACAUCUACAACAACUGGAAGAACUCCAACAAUUCCAAUAAUUCCAACAACUAAAUUUACUGAAUCAACAACAGUGGUAGGAUCUACAAAAUCAGCACAAACACCAAAACCACCCACCAGUUCCACACCUUCAACUACAGCAACUAAAAUUACAACAACAACAACAGGAAAACCUCCUGUUACAUCUACAACAACUGGAAGAACUCCAACAAUUCCAACAACUAAAUUUACUGAAUCAACAACAGUGGUAGGAUCUACAAAAUCAGCACAAACGCCAAAACCACCCACCAGUUCCACACCUUCACCUACAACAACUAAAAUGACUGCAACAACUGGAAAACCUCCUUUUACAUCUACACCAACUGGAAGUACUUCAACUAAAUUUACUGAAUCAACAACAGUGGUAGGAUCUACAAAAUCAGCACAAACACCAAAACCACCCACCAGUUCCACACCUUCAAUUACAGCAACUAUAAUUACAACAACAACUGGAAAACCUCCUUUUACAUCUACACCAACUGGAAGUACUACAACAAUUCCAACAACUACAUUUACUGAAUCAACAACAAUGGUAGGAUCUACAAAAUCAACACAAACACCAAAACCACCCACCAGUUUCACACCUUCAACAACAGGAAAACCUCCUAUUUCAUCUACACCAAUAGGAAGUACUCCAACUAAAUUUACUGAAUCAACAACAGUGGUAGAAUCCACCACCUCAGCACAAACACCCAAACCACCCACCAGUUCCACACCUUCACCUACAAGAACUAAAAUGACUGCAACAACUGGAGAACCUCCUUUUACAUCUACACCAACUGGAAGUACUACAACAAUUCCAACACCUACACCUACUCCAUCCUACAACUGCCCGGAAUGGGGGAAAAAUACAAACGAGACAUUCAUCUUGUGUAACUGUACCAUGGCGAGGUGCAUAGAGGACAACAUCGUUGAGAUUAUCCCAUAUAAAUGUCCUCCACUGCAGAACAUCACCUGUGCUAAUGGAAAGAACCCCGUGCAGGUUUAUGAUGAGCAUUUAUGCUGCCAGUAUUACGCCUGUGACUGCUUUUGUGAAGGCUGGGGUGAUCCACAUUACAUCACAUUUGAUGGACUUUUCUACAGUUACCAAGGAAACUGCACUUAUAUAUUAAUGGAGGAAAUCAGACCUCAACACCACUUGAAGAUCUACAUCGAUAACGUCUAUUGUGACCCUGUGGAGCCUGUAUCCUGUCCCAGAUCCAUUAUUGUGUCUUAUAACAAUCAAGUCAUUACACUUAAUAAUCACAAUUUCAUAGGAGGUGCAGACCUAGAGGCUUUGAAGAACAACGUUAAGCUAAGGCUGCCUUUUGCCAGUAAUGGUGUGAAGGUUAUAAGUUCAGACCUAGACUUGUUCCUGGAGAUUCCACAGCUGAAUGUUACUGUAACGUUUGGAGCCACUGGAUUCAGCAUCAAUCUGCCAUUCAAGCAUUUUGGAAACAACACACAAGGGCAGUGUGGAACAUGCAACAACAACAAGGCUGAUGACUGUAUGCUUCCUGGAGGGAUCUUGGUGGACGACUGUGCGACCAUGGCUGAUUACUGGUCGGCCAAGGGUGUGAACAGUGAAAUUUGCGCCCCACCAACUGUGCUACCUACAGUUGGGUCUGGCCUAAAAAAAAACCUUAUGCCAUGUCAAGCCCACCCUGACUGCAAGCUCCUCAAGAGCGAGUUGUUCCAAGAGUGUCAUCCCCAUAAGUCCCCAGAAAAAUUCUUUUUAGGCUGUAAAUAUGAUAGUUGUCAUAUGAGAAACCCUUCUGUGGUGUGUUCCAGCCUGCAGAGCUACGCUAGGGCUUGCUCUCAGUUUGGCAUCUGCAUACACUGGAGAAACUACACUAAACUCUGCAAUAUUGAAUGUUCAGAUGAAAAAGUCUUCAAGCCUUGUGGUCCAGCUGAACCACCAACCUGCGACACUGAAACUGCACAUAAGCCCAUCACAUUGUCCACUGAGGGCUGCUUUUGCCCCGAGGGGAAAAUUCUCUUCAGCAAGCAGUCUGGAGUGUGUGUGGACAAAUGCGGAUGCCUGGACUCCUCAGGGACACCACGUGAGUUUGAUGAGGUUUUCGAGUACAACUGUGAGAAGUGUGUCUGUGAAAGGGACAGAAAAUCUGUGAUCUGUAAGCACAAGCAGUGUCCUGAUCCUAACCCUCAGAGAUGUACUGAACCGGGCUUCAUGCUAAUCAACACCACCAAUCACUCAGACCCAUGCUGCAACAAACAAGUUUGCAAUUGUGACAUCUCUAUGUGCCCACCAAUGGAUAAAAAGUGUAGCAUUGGAUAUUCUCCAGAGAUGAAGGUGUCGGAGGGAAAAUGCUGUCCAGAAAUCAAAUGCGUGCCAAAGAGAGUGUGCGUCCACAAAAAACAUGAAUAUGAGCCUGAUACCAUCAUCCCUGUCACUGACUGUCAAGAGUGUAACUGUACAAGGGACGUGGAUCCUAACACACAGUUGUUCAAGAUCCGCUGUCGACGUGUGCAGUGCAACAAGGCUUGUGAUCCUGGUUAUGAAUAUAUUAAGUCAAACAAUGAUGAUUGCUGUGGGAAGUGUGUUCAAAUUUAUUGUAUUGUCAAUGCCAAUGGCGGCCAUUAUAUACUGGAGGAUGGAGCGGUUUUGCCCAUCACAAAUGAGGGCUGUGACAGAAUCACCUGCACUAAAAGUAAAGGACAGUUCAUCACCAAUAACUACAGAAUCCAGUGCCCUCCUUUCAACAGUUCCAACUGCCAGCCUGGCACGAUCCAGAAGUCACCUGAUGGUUGCUGCCCCGUUUGUGUGGACAAGAUUAAAGGAUGUCAAGUAAACACUGUUCGUAAAAUCAUACAUAUCAACAACUGCGAGUCAGAGAGGAAAAUAGACUUGACUUUUUGUAGGGGAGAUUGUUCCACAUAUAGUGGGUACCAUGUGCCUGGAGCACCCACUUGUGGCUGUUGCAGUGCAACUCGCACAAGUAAUCGCACAGUAUCUCUUGGUUGUAUAAAUGGAGAUAUUGUAUCCCACACAUACGUCCAUGUUGAGCAGUGUGCAUGUAGUGAAACUAACUGUCAAGGUAGUGGGGUGAGUCGGCACAUACUUGUAGAAAAUCCCAGAAGGAAACGCAGCCUCAUAUUACCGUGAGCACCAGUAAUUCCAGAGGUCAACAACCCUAGCAUUCUGAAAAAUCAAAUGACUCCAGUAUCAGUGAAACUUGAAAUGAAUUUGAAUAGCAUAUGUUUUACAUUUCUAAACUUUAAACUAAGAGCUUUUAAUUUUUCUUAAAUUUGUUCUUUGAUAAAUACAAUAUGUACUCUUCUGCUUGUUUAAAUUAAAAAACUAUUAAAAAGGC